AUGGCUUCGGCGACGCGCAUCGUCAUCGGGGCAGGAGACACGGGCUUCUGGAAGGCCAGGCAGGACGAGGAGACGGCGGCAAAGGUAAACACCACGUCUUCUUCAACGCUGCCGGGUAUCACAACCAUGUACCGCGCCCCCAUUCCCCUCAACCUAAUGCCAUUGACUCAUCUAACAAACCCCAAGCUCGUGCACCAGCUCCUCGCGCUCUACGGCACCGGCGCCCCAGAGUCAGCCAUCCAGGCCGCCUUCGACGCCAACGCAGGCUACCAGCUCAAGCACACGCCCGCGCGGCCGCACGUCGUCGCCGAGCUGCAGGCCGACUGGGCCGCCCACGCGCCCAAGUACCUCGGCCGCGGGGCCUACUACUCCGACUUUCUGCGCUUCUUCCAGGACGAGGUAGACCGGCGCGGGUGGCAGGCCGUGGUCACCUCGUUCCUCUGUGCCGCCCCGGGGGACGCGGCCAGCCCCGCGCGGCACAUGGUGCAGCGGCUCUUCUCGGGGCUCGUCCACCCCAUGAUCCAGCUCGGCUUCGGCCUCGAGUGGGAGCAGCCGGCCAUCGUGGCGCAGGGCCUCGCCCAGGCCGCCGUGCACCGCAACACCCUGGGCGACUUCUUCGACCGGGUCGACGAGGCCGUGGCGGCGGCGGGCCGGUACGUCGCGGCCAGCGCGGCGUGGAAGCCGCCGCAUGUUCCGAAAUACGACUUUUUCCUCAUACACGCCCUCAACGCGUCCGUGUUCCUGCUCGCCCUCGACAAGCCGUGCUUCCCGGCGGCCGCGCGGGUCCGCAUCCUCGAGCACAAGAUGCGCUACGACGUGCUGCAGUACGCGGCGCGGGGGGCGCCUCGCCUCUCGCCCGCGCACGCCGCUGCCUACAGGGAUACUAAUUCGGACGUGCUUGCUGCCCGGGCGGAGGACCUGCUGCCGCGGUACCACGCCGUCGCCGACGACGGGCACGCCAUCAAGGCGGCGCGGGCGCUGCUCCUCGCGCAGCGCGUGUCGCGCCGGUGGGCUGGCAGGCCGUGGGUGCGGCUGCGCGACGACGCCGACUGGCGGGGGGCGCACUGCAUGCUGCUCCGGGGCGUCGAGGGGGAUGAACCCCUCUGGGUGCGCGGCGCGGGCUUCGACCAGGCGUGGGAGGGCGUCCCGCUGUUGUAA